ACAUAAUUGAUAAAACCCAACAAGAACUUGUGAAAAUUUGGUUAAAAGUAAAUCCAAAAUUGCCCUUGAUAAAAAGUGAGUCAAUUUAUUUAAAAUUGGUCAAAACAUUUAACACAAUGAAACUUAUUAAUGGAAAAAAGUGCAAAAAAAGAGCUCAAGUUGCAGCAUAUAAUGCGUUGGAAAAUCUUUAUGAUAUAUCUACCUGUAGAUGCAAUUUAGACGAAGUUCCCUGCUAUGAUGAUAGGGUCAAAUGCAAAUAUCUAACCUGCAAUAAUAAACAUUUAGUAUGUGUUUGGCCUCCAGAGUGCAAGAUUCCGCUGGAGGAACAAGAAUACAUCAAAGACCAAAGAUCAAGAAAUGGCACAAAAGGAAACAUUCAGUUAGGGCCAGUAGAUUGGAGCACUGUAAAAAAAGAAAAAAGAAGAGUAGGAAAGUGUUCUAAUGUUAAAGUACCCUCAUGUGAUAAUGGCGAAUCAUCUUUUGAUAUAAAUUUGGAGUCUGAUACAGUAAGAAUAAGAACAAGUUUAUAGUUUUCUCAU